GUAAAGCCAGACACGCAUCCUCUGACCACAGCUGUACUGAACAAGGAUGUUACCCUCUCAGCCCAAACUUUUCUUGACCGUGUUGGUGUUAAUCAUCACAGCUCCUUAUGGUACUCAGGGAGGGGUCACCCAGCACUUGUGUGGAGCUCAUCUGGUGGAAGCUUUGUUUUUUGUGUGUGGAGAGAAGGGGUUCUUCUACACCCCUGGCCGUGGCAAACGGGAGGAGGCAGUUGAGAUACUCAUGAAGCAAGACGCACCUUACAGUCGUGAUGCACGAUUUCUACUAGAACAGAGCAUCGAUGAUGGGAAAGCCAAGAGGGGCAUCGUGGAGCAAUGCUGCUACUACUCCUGCACCUACUACGACCUGGAGAAUUACUGCAACAGUUAGGGAAUGCGAUGGUCGAGGUGGGAGGGGAGCAUGCGGGGCGUCAGUGGUUUACCGAAGGCAGCUGAGCGGUGUGUCAGAGUGAGAAGGUGCGGAACAAGAAAAAAAUGGAAAUAAAAGAGGACAAGACGGGCAGUGAUUGAAAAGCAAGAUAAAUGAGUCUGACAGGCAGUGUGGAACUCGUCUCGUCUGAUCACGUAGUGGGUCAAAUGUUACAGGCUCUGCGCUCAUCAACCCGCUAUGCAGGAAGCUGCGAGGACGCAAAGCAAGCGACGAGUCACCGUUAGAGAAUGUCAGGCAUCCGAGACUCGGACAACGCACUCCGAACCACACUCGCCCUCCGCAUCGCACCUUCCUGGAAUCUGUGACCUUGUUUACCUGCUGAUUUGUGCCGGACAUGCUGCUCUCCCGCUUGCUGCUGCCAUACGCACGUACUUGAAACAUUUGGUUUG